ACCCGACAUGCUUUGCGCCGCCUGUUGGUAAAGAGCCUCCUUGCUCCUUUUUGGCCUAGGCGUUGACAAUAGUAAUAUUUGGAGGCAUGGCUGCUUCUCAGUGCGGGGAGAAGAAGAGGGAAAAUGACAGUAGAGAUUGUAUUUUGGAGCCACUUUCUCUGCCAGAAAGUCCAGGUGGUGUUUCUGCUGUAGAAGGCUGUCCAUCUGUGCCUUGCAUAUUCUGUGAAGAAUAUUCUCCUCUGUCAGAACAAAACCAACUUCUGAAGCACAUGAUCAUAGAGCACAAGCUUGUCAUAGCAGACAUCAAGCUGGUGGCAGACUUUAAGAGAUAUGUACUGUAUUGGAAGAAGAGGUUCUCUGAGCAGCCCAUCACAGACUUCUGUUGUGUAAUAAGAACAAAUUCUGAAGCGCCGUUAGAGGAACAAGACAAUUAUUUUCUUUUAUGUGAUGCUUUACCUGAAGACAGAGCACUAAGAGAGAAGCUCCAACAGCAGAGACUGCAGGAAGUUCUGGAGCAACAACAGCAAGAAAGAUACGAUACUGACUUCCGUGGUACAUGUAUGUUCUGUGAUAAAGAAUUCACUGGAAACAGGUCAGUCCUUCUCAAUCACAUGGCAAAUGAUCAUGCAUUCAAUGUCGGACUGCCAGAUAACAUUGUAAACUGGAAGGUAUUUUUUGAAGUUUUACAGAAGAAAAUUGACAGUUUGCAGUGUUUAUACUGUGAAAAAAUCUUUCGAGAUAAGAACACGCUCAAAGAUCACAUGAGAAAGAAGCAACAUCGCAAAAUCAAUGCCAAAAACAAAGAAUAUGACAGAUUUUAUAUUAUUAAUUACCUGGAAUUUGGAAAAUCUUGGGAAGAAGUUCAAUCCGAAGAUGAUCGGGAACUCUUAAACAACCAUGAAGAAGACUGGUCUGAUUGGGAAGAACAUCCUGUCUGUGUAGUCUGCCUCUUUUGUGAGAAGCAAACAGAAACUACAGAAAAACUGUAUGUUCAUAUGGAGGAGGCUCAUGGAUUUGACCUGCUAAAAAUAAAGUCUGACUAUGGUUUGAAUUUCUAUCAUCAAGUUAAAUUAGUGAACUUUAUCAGAAGGGAAGUCCACCAGUGUCGAUGUUACAGUUGCCAAAACAAAUUCCAGUCAAAAAAAGAAUUGACCAAUCAUAUGGAAGAGACCAAACACAUCACACUUCUGCCAGCCAGAUCCAUAUGGGAUCAACCACAGUAUUACUUUCCUACUUAUGAAAACGAUACACUUCUCUGCACACUCUCAGACAGUGAUGAUGAAUUGACAGCUGGGAAGCAAAAAGAGGAUGUGCCUGUCAUUUGUGAGGAUAUUUCUAACAUUGAGGCUCUGAAACGAAGCAGUGUGUUAAACCAACUUCUUCAAGAGGAGAUGAAUAAUGGAGAGCCCUGAUGUUAAGGAAAUUGUGUUCCUUAUUAUAUGAGCAAUUUGUCUUGCAGAGCAAAAUCCGAUUUGGUCACUUACUAGUGCAUAUCAUGAAUUCGUGAUUGCUGUAGACCAGCUUAUUGAAUGAGAAGCUCAAAUAAAAUAAAGAAGCAUUUUUAACCA